AUGUCCGGUUCUGCAUCGAGUUCUAGUCCUCCGGAAGCCUUCGACCAGCACUUCCUUAACAACUUGGGGGCUGCAUGCCGAGAAUCCAUAUCCAAGAACGAGAGACUGCUGUCCAAGUGCUUCCAGGACAUUGAAGCUGGUUCUACCGUCGACGUUCAGAUCAUUCUGAGAAACACCUCUGAUGCCCUUACGCCUGUGAAAGCAAUGUCCGUACCCGGCCCUAUAACGGCCCCGGCGUCGGAAUCGGCUACAGGCUCGGGGUCCUCAAGCUUGCCCGCUGGAAGCGAACACGCGAGCUCUGAUCAAUCAGAUGGCGUCUCAGUAGCCCCG